CAUCGGUGUUCUGCAUCAAUCAUUUUCCCUUUCAACGCUUAACUUUUCUGCCUACCUCUCAGCGUCUCUCCUCCCACAGUGGACUGCAGGACGUUAACUGCACCCAGCAGUCUCCGGUGAUCAUUCGUCGUCAGCCAUGUUGGUGUGACACACUGAGCUGUCAGCAACAGGUUCUCAGACUUUUAAUGAGGCCAAAACUCUAACAUUUUCAAACGGCGGCCUUUCUUUAUGGGAUACUAAACUUCAGUGUGUCUUGGAAACCGUCCAGAAGUGGUGGAUGAUCAUUUCAGGUCACUUUUAAGCUCGGAAGUUGGUGUUUUGCCCCCUCUUACUGUGGCAAAUGAGAUGGCUGUGAGCAGCUGCUGAGGAAACCACCAGGAGUUUGUCCACUUGCAAAUAUGAAUGGUGGUGCCAGUAUGUGGGCAAUCUCUCCAGAAGAGAGAGUCAAACAUGACCAGAAGUUUGACACUCUCUCGCCCUCAAUGGGCUACGUCACAGGAGAACAGGCUAGGAAGUUCUUCCUCCAGUCGGGUCUGCCAGCUCAAGUUUUGGCUGAGAUUUGGGGCCUGGCUGAUUUGAAUAAAGAUGGCAAAAUGGACAGAUUGGAGUUUUCCAUCGCUAUGAAGCUCAUAAAGCUGAAACUUCAGGGGACACCACUACCAUCAACACUACCAGUCAUCAUGAAGCAGUCCCCAGUUUCUAUUCCCGGCCUUAAUAACCACAACCCUGCCUAUGGUAUGAGUCAGAUGACCAUGAUAAACGGUCCCAUAUUAACUCCCAUCUCCAUGUCGAAUCCCGGACUCUCCCCAAUGACUGGCCUCACUCCUAUGGUGGCCAAUGUUGGGAGCAGUCCACUUCUGAAUGGUACCAUUCUUCAACCAAUCGGAUCGUUGACUACUGGCCUACCAAUGUCUGGUUCCCCUUUUGUUUCUCCACUUGGAGUUUCUUCAACUGCUGCUGGUACAACCAAAACCUCCUCCCUGCUGGACCUGGCAUCUAGCAGCUCUUCAUCAUCAUCUCCACUGAUGAUGUCCCCCAUGUCUACUGUUCCCAGCGACUGGGCUGUCCCACAUGCCUCUCGACUAAAGUACAGACAGCAGUUCAACAUGUUGGAUAAGCAAAUGAAUGGAUUUCUCUCUGGUCUGCAGGUGAGGACCGCCAUGGCAACCACAAUGCUAUCACAGACACAGUUGGCCUCCAUCUGGAAUUUAUCAGAUGUGGAUAAGGAUGGUAAUCUGAAAGCGGAAGAGUUCAUUCUGGCAAUGCAUCUCGUGGACCUGGCAAAGAGUGGGCAGCCACUGCCUCUGACACUACCUCCUGAGCUGGUACCGCCCUCACAUAGAAGCACAGUAAACGGCUCCAGCUCCUCCCCAUAUUCAUCUUUAACCGAAGAUCUGGACCUGGAGCCUCCACAGAAAACCAAAGUCAACUUGUCAUUUGAGGAUAAGUUUAAGGCCAAUCUGGAGCGAGGGAACGCUGAGCUGGAGAAAAGACGACUGGCUCUCCUGGAGGCAGAAAGGAGAGAGAAGGAGCGGCGUGCUCAGAAGGAGAAGGAGGAGCAGGAGAGAAGGGAGCGGGAGGCCCGGGAGGCUGAGGAGAGGAGGAAAAAAGAGGAGGAGUUGAGGUUGGAGCGCCAGAGGGAACUGGAGAGACAGAGGGAAGAAGAGAGACAAAGGGAAAUAGAGAGAAAAGAGGCUGCUCAACGAGAACUUGAGCGUCAGAGAAAAGAGGAGCUUGAGAAGAGGAGGCGGAGUGAGCUGCAGAAGAAGAAGGAACAGGAGCAGAACGAGAUUGUCAAGCUAAGGGCUAAAAAGAGGAGUCUGGAGAUGGAGUUGGAGGCGGUGGGUAACAAACACCGUCAGAUCUCAGAUCGGCUUCGAGACAUUCGGAACAAGAAGAAGCUACAGAAGACCGAGCUGGAUCUAACCAAUCAAAGGAAAGAAACAUGCCAACAGGACAUUAGCAGUCUACAAAAACAAAUCGAGGAGUUUCAGAGGAAACUGUCUCAGCUGACCCCGGAGCAGAAGAGGCUGUCAGAGAAACUGAAAAACAUGGCUCUCAAUAACUUGCCUGUGUCAUCCAUAGCCACAAUGAAAGUGACUGCUGCAGAGAGAAAAGGGACCUGUUUGAAACUGCGGGAGCAACUGGAAGCUCUGGAGAAAGAGAGUUCCACGAGACUAGCAGAGAUAGAGCGCUACAACAAAGAUAUGCAGGACUUAAGAGAAAGCCAGAGGAAGCAAGAGGCAGCACUCGAUAAUCUGCGGAGAAUCAAAGAGGAGAAACAGCGUGAACUGAAGAGGAAGCAACAGGAAGAAGAGAGGAAACGCCAGGAAGAGGAAAUAAAGCGGAGGGAGGAGGAAGAAAGACAAAAGCGUAUUCUAAUAGAAAAGGAGCGCCAGCGGCAGGAGAAGCUGAGGAGAGAUGAAGAAGAGCGUCAGAGGAAGCUUCGUGAAGAAAGAGAGGCCAAACAGAGAGAGGAAGAGGAGAAAGAAAGACAAGCUCUCGUCCAGGCUGCUAAGGAACAGGCUGAACGACAACUCAAAGCAAAGGAAGAGGCUGAGCGGAGGAAAAGAGAAGAGGAAGAGAGAAGGAGAAGAGAGGAGGAGGAACGUCUGCGGGCAGAGGAGAGACGCCGGCAGGAGGAGGAGAGGAAGAGGUUAGAGGAAGAAAGAAGGCAAUUGGAGGAAGAAAGGAGGAAAUUGGAGGAGGAGAGGAGACAAGAAGAGAGGAGAAGAAAAGAAGAGGAGGAAAGGAGAAGGAAAGCAGAGGAGGAGCGGCACAGGAGGGAAGAGGAGAGGAAGAGGUUUGAGGAAGAAGAGCGCCGAAGAGAAAAGGAAGAGGAGGAAAGGAGGAGACAGAGGGCAGCUGAAGCAGCUCUCCGAGAUGCUGAUCUUAGAAGAAAGCGAGAAGAGGAAGACAAAAAGAGAAAACAAGAGGAGGAGAGAAGGAAGGAGGAGGACGACAGGAAAAAGCGAGAGGAAGAGAAGAGAAGAAUACAGCAACAGGAGGAAGAAAGAAAGAGGCGGGAGGAGGACAGGAUAAGGGCAGAUGAGGAGAGGAAGAGAAAGGAAGAGGAAGAGCAAAAGAGGAAAGCGGAGGAGAAGAGAAAGAAGGAAGAGGAAGCUUCUCGUCAGCAGCAAGGAAAUGGGGGGAAGAUGGACAUUCAGGAAAAGCUGACGGCUCUUCUGAGGGGGCUGGAGGAGAGGAAGGGUGGACAGCCGAAGGCCACACAACACAGGAAGUCCGCUGCGCUCACGUCCUUCAAAGCACUCUACCCAUUCACUCCUCGAAACAACGAGGAGCUCAGCCUCAACGAAGGAGACAUCAUAGAGGUUGAUGAGACGACAGAGAGGGAGGAAGGCUGGCUGUACGGCAGCAGGCAGGGACAGAUGGGCUGGUUCCCAGAGAGCUAUGUGGAGAGAGUGGGUCCAUCCACCGCAGCUGAAAACUCUGCUGCCGCUCCUUCUAAAACGCCCCUCCAAGCACAGCUCUCCAUCGCCUCGAAGUCUGCCUUCACACCAACACACUCUCUAGGCUCUGCACCUUCUGAGACACACGGACAGGCAACAGUAAACCUGCUGGCUCAGGCCCUGUGCUCAUGGACCGCGAAAACAGACAACCAUCUGAACUUCAACAAGGACGACGUGAUUCACGUUCUGGAGCAGCAGGAGAACUGGUGGCUGGGCGAGCUGAACGGUGAUCGGGGCUGGUUCCCCAAGACAUACGUGUCGGUGCUGGGAGAAGACGAGAGUUCAGAGAAGAGCUCCCAUACUGAUGCUUUAGACUCUGGAGAUGGUCUUCAGCUGGAAGAGUAUGUGGCGCUGUAUACAUACGAGUCCCCGCAGGCUGGUGACCUGACCUUCACAGACGGGGACGUGAUCUUGGUGAGCAAGAGGGAGGGAGAAUGGUGGAGCGGCUCGACGGGAGACCGCACCGGCCUCUUUCCCCACAACUACGUCAAGCCCAAAGAGGCCGAUACAUCAAGCACAACUGGAAAGAAAAAGCAAGAGGUUGCCCAGGUGAUCAAAGCCCAAUCCCCUGCUGUCCCUGAGCAGCUGAACCUGGAAGUGGGCCAGCUCAUCCUCAUUCUCCACAAGAACACGUCUGGCUGGUGGCUCGGAGAACUUCAGGCUCGUGGGAAGAAACGUCGGAAAGGAUGGUUCCACUCCAGUAAUGUUAAAGUACUGAGUUCCAACAGCGGCAAAUCCACACCAGCACCCCAGCCAGUCUGCCAGGUGAUUGCCAUCUAUGACUACAAAGCCGCCAACAAGGACGAGAUGAGCUUCUCUAAAGGACAGCUGAUCAACGUUUUGGACAAGAAUGAUCCUGAUUGGUGGAAAGGAGAAGUAGACGGGGUCACUGGCCUGUUCCCUACCAAUUACGUUAAGAUGACUCUGGACAAUGAGCCCAGCCAGCACUGGUGUUCAGAUCUAACCAGCCUGGACUCUCUGAGCCCCCUUGAGAAAAAGCGACAGGGUUACAUCCAUGAGCUGAUGGAGGCCGAAGAGAAAUAUGUGGAGGACUUGCAGGUUGUCCUGGAGGUUUUCCAUAAACCCAUGUCAGAGUCAGGCAGACUUACCGACUCUGAGAUGAGCAUGAUCUUUGUCAACUGGAAAGAGCUUCUGGCCUGCAACACAAAAUUUGUCAAUGCUCUCCGUGUUCGUAAGAAGAAGGUGGGGGAGAACAUGCCGGUGCAGAUGAUAGGAGACGUUCUGGCCGCCGAGCUGUCCCACAUGCAGCCCUACAUUAGUUUUUGCUCCUGCCAGAUCAACGGAGCUUCACUGCUGCAGACCCGGACCGACAACGAGCCUGACUUUAAGGAAUUCCUCAAGAAACUUGGCACAGACUACAGAUGUAAAGGCAUGCCGCUGUCCAGCUUCCUGCUGAAACCCAUGCAGAGGAUCACCCGCUACCCUCUGCACAUCAGAAACAUCCUGGAUAGUACCAUAGAAGGCCACGCUGACAGAGGCCCUCUGAAAGAAGCCCUGGAGAGAGCGGAAGAACUCUGUCAGCAGGUGAACGAAGGUGUGAGGGAGAAGGAGAACUCUGACAGACUGGAGUGGAUUCAGAAUCAUGUUCAGUGUGAUGGUUCUGCUGAGAAUUUGGUUUUUAAUUCACUCACCAACUGUCUGGGCCCCCGGAAGCUGCUGCACAGUGGUAAGAUGUUCAAGGCAAAGAGCAACAAGGAACUCUGGGCUUUUCUUUUUAACGACUUCCUGCUCCUAACUCACACCGCAAAGCAGUUCACGUCCUCGGGGCUUGAUAAACUGUUCAGCAAAAGGAACAACGUGCAGCUGAAGUGGUACAAACCACCGGUUUUGUUAAAUGAAGUUCUGGCCAAGAUUUCUGAUUCUUCCGGUGAUGAGCCCACCUUCCAAAUCACACACAUCGACAGAGUCUACAUACUGAAGACGGAAAACAUCAAUGAAAGGACGGCGUGGGUUCAGAAGAUUAAAGCGGCGUCUGAGGAAUUUAUUGAGACUGAAAAGAAAAAAAGGGAAAAAGCUUAUCAAGCCCGAUCCAUAAAAGCCAGCGGCAUCGGCAGACUUCUGGUCACAAUCUUGGAGGCCACUGAGCUCAAGGCAACUCGUUCAAAUGGUAAGAGUAACCCUUACUGUGAAGUGAACAUGGGAGCUCAGGUUUUCACCACCAGAACGCUCAACGACACUCUGAACCCCAAGUGGAACUUCUCCUGUCAGUUUCACCUGAAAGACCUGUACCAGGACGUCCUCUGCAUCACCAUCUCCGACAGAGCCCAGUUCUCCCCUGAUGAAUUCCUGGGCCGGACAGAGAUUCCCGUGGCAACCAUAAAGAAAGAGAUGGAGAACAAGGGCCCGGUAACUCGACGUCUCCUGCUGCACGAGGUUCCAACAGGAGAAGUGUGGGUCCGCCUUGACCUGCAACUGUAUGGCAGCAGAUAGACUCGUGGGCUGAACUAACGCAAAAGAACUUUGUCCUUCAAUGUAGGAGCUAUUAACCAAAUAGGAAGGCUGGUUGAUUUCCAAACAGGAAGGCUGCUUUUUUUUCACCUAAACAAGCUUAGAAGGGUUCCUUCCACCUGUAUAAUGAGGAUUCUGAGGAGAAGCCCCUCACACCGUUUCACACACAAUGCCUUAACACCAAGUACUAAAGAUAUUUUUUCUGAUUUUAUUCAUAUUCUCAGCCUGCACAAUAUGAAUUAAAUUCAACUGUAUUCAGUAUUCUUUUGCAUGACAGUUUCAAGCGAAGAAUAAACUGUUCAGCAGUUCGUAUCUGCACUGUUUCGACAGAGUGGAGAGCUUAAGGCAAGAGCUGCUGUCCUCAGAAACAGUGGAGGCUGAAAUGUGGGUCAAAGGGACAAAAAGGAAUUCAGUUUAACCAUUGCAACAAGAAAGCCGAACGUUUUGCAGGAUUAUUGCACAUUUGCAGAUGUUGGGGUUCACACUUUGCCAAGUUGUCUCAGCUGAGGCCAUUCAGCGUGUUGAUGUUGAAGAUGCUGGUUUGUCCUCACCGAUGGACAUGUUCAUAUUUUUUAUUUUAUUUUUUUUACCAAAGGAAAGGAGAUGGUGACUGACUGCUUUUGAGAGCUGCUUUUUGGCCCAUCAUUGAUCAUAAGUUGUUUGGCUCCGUGCCGUCCUCUCAAAGCUGACUUUAAAUGUGUUACAAACAGUAAAUGACAAAUGAUGGACAGCAGCGUGGAACGGAUCAGACAAGCAGGAGAAGCUUAAAGCCCUGCUCUGAAGUCUGCUUACUACUGUUGACAAAAUAAACUCUGCUGUUCUAAGUCGAGUCUGCGUCUCUGCAGCAGUACCUCUCACAAUAUAGUUAGAAUUUUACUCAUUUUCUUUGCAUAUUUGAGGACAUUUCCUUGCAGUGCAGAGGGGUGGAGAUAAAAUAAUGCAAAGCUUCUGCUGUUGAUGCCGCGAUAUGUAAAAUCCAACUGUAUCAUCCAUAUUAUUAAAAUACUGUUGAUUUGGUUGGAGAAACGUGGCUUAAUAGGGAUCGGCUUAAGGCCAAGUAAUUUCAGUGGAAAGCAGGCAGAUCGAGAUGAAUAUGUUUUUCAGCUACGCUUUUUUUUUUACAUUUUUGUUUUUUUGCAUUCCGUCUCUGCUGCCUCUGAAAAUGUCCCUCAUAAACGCAGCAUUGAAAAGGUUUUAGGGUGUAAAUUUGUGUUUUAUAGGCUGACCCUAUGGUUUUCUCAGCCUCGUUUUUACUCAUUUUUCCUGCAUUCAGAUUCUUUUCUAACUUCCCAACUCUGGUUAUAACCAGAAGAGUGUUGUAUUUAUUUCUUAAUUUAUGCGUGCGACUAUCCAAAGGUUUGGAGCGCUUCUGCUGUGUCAUUUUGGAGAAUCAGUUGGGUGUCUUUGGGGUUUGUCUUUGUUAUUUGUGAUUUCAACUAAUAAAACAUGUUUACUUGA